AUGGCCUCCAUGGCGAACGCCGCUUCUGGCCCGAGCGAACGAGAAGCCAUAUCGGAGGCCGACUGGCUUGCCGCUGAAAAAGGAGAGACACCUCUCCCGGAGGUGGCCCCCGUAUCCGAUCGCCCCUUGUUCCGGUGCUUCCUGGAAACCGCCUUCGAUUACCUUCCCGAACAACACCGUAGAGAAUACUUGCACAAGGUCCUCCUGCCACUUUUGGAAGAAUCGGCUCGGCAGCACACUCGCUGGAUACGGUGUUUCCUAUCGCAGGUUCACCUUACUCCCGACGAAGACAACGCCAUCACGUCCCUCGGUAAGGGCUGGACCUUUGACCCAUGCGCCCUCCACUCCCUCUUCGAUAAAUGGAGAUGGUGCCUCCCAAAAUCCUACCUCCACCAACACAGGUGCUGGGCACUCGCUUACCUGCACUACCCUCAUGUGGAAGCAAUAAACCAGAAGCUUUCUGCGAAGAAUAAGGGUUGGCGGGGCAGUACGGAGGGAAAGCACUGGCUCACGCUGCAGUCGCACUUGCGCAGCUGUGGGCCCUUUGCCGCAAUAGGUGGCAGUAUUGCUACUGGUGUACAAUCGCAGGCGGAGGACGACAUAACGGUCCCCGAUCUCGUGGAGGAGUACGUUUGUCGCGCGGGGAUAGUGAGUCGGCAUCCGUUGAGUUUCGAUAAGGACCUCAACCGGUUUGUGGUCUCGACAGAGACGAGUUUGGAGUCAUUGACGACCUUGAAGGGAGAGAUGAGGUAUGUAUCUGACCCUGGGCGGUAUGACUUGCUGCAGGGGGUUAUGGAGCGGAUUGUCGCGAAUAUCGAGUCGCUGAGGACGGCAAAGUGGAUGGAGGAUCCAUACAGGUCGCCUGCUGUCCUGCCGUCGAGGUUGCAGAUGGACAUGCUGCUUCUCCCGUCGCCAGACCGCAAUCCUCGCGCAAAGAACCCGGCAAUGGAGUUCGGGAGAAGACUUAUGGUCCUACCGGAGAAGUUCGCGGACGAUCCUUUGUUGCUGGUCGAGUUUGACGCUGUCAAGGAGGAGGUGAGCGAUGUGGAAGAAAGGGAUCUGGCCUCUUUUGCUCUUCUAUGGGAGUGA